CUCUAACCUGUUUCUGGCAUUGUUUGUUUAUAAAAUAAUAAUUUUAGCGUUUCUUGAGAGUUCUACCCCACUAUUUUGAAUAUAUAUAGUUGGAGCUCGAGCUUGAGGACAGGUCUCAAUCAUGUUUCUAUCUAUCGCCCCCCCGCUAAUGGACUUUGAGGACGAAUUGCUGUGGAUAAAUCAGUCGAACAGUGGAAAGCUGAAAAUAUUAUAUGACAAAUCGAAUUAUGUUACCCCCAAUACAAAGCUGCUCAUUGAACAAGCGUUUCUGCAGCCCCUAAGUCUUCAGGAUCAACAGAUUUUGUUUGAUGAUUUGCUGAAACAGAACUCUGACAUUGCGCACCAAUAUGGGCUGACACCGGCAAAGCUACCCCUGCUGGUUGAAAACAAUCCACUCAUUUCCAUUGAAAUCUUACUAAGACUGAUGAUGACCUCAGACAUAACAGAGUACUUCAACAUAUUGGUCAAUAUGGACAUAACGUUGCAUUCCAUGGAGGUGGUCAACAGAUUAACUACGUCGGGCCCUUUACCCACAGAGUUUAUACAUUUGUACAUCAGUAAUUGUAUUUCCACCUGCGAGACAGUCAAAGACAAGUACAUGCAAUCCCGUCUGGUACGGCUGGUGUGUGUGUUUCUCCAGUCUCUAAUUCGGAAUAAGAUUGUUAAUGUCAAGGAAUUGUUCAUUGAAAUUGAGGCCUUCUGUGUUGGUUUUAGCAAAAUUAAGGAAGCAGCUGCUCUAUAUCGUCUCAUUAAACAUUUGGAAACGGGAGAGAGUGCACUGUCCUCGAAUGCCUUAACGAAGCAAUAGACAAUAGACCCACCUGUGCGUGUAACUUUUUUAUGCAAUGAAAAAGCUGUUGAUGAAAUGCCAA